UACGCUAAGUCUAGUAAGGAUCACAUUUCUUACGAGGUGUUUCUAAAAUCAAUGCAUGACUUUGGAAUAAAGUAUACUUGUGUUGGCCUUGUACUGUUUACGGGUGGAUAUUUGGGUACGGCUCUUAUGAAUGUUGCAGCAAUAAAUCAGAUAUUUAGAAUAAGAUUUUCUUAUUUGAAAGCUGUACUAAAUCAAGAUUUGGCGUAUUACGACUUGCAUCAAACUGGCGACUUUGCUUCGAAAAUGGCUGAGGAUAUGAUAAAGUUAGAGGAAGGUAUAGGCGAUAAAGUAUCAUCCUUAGUGUAUGACACUGCAGUAGCGGUAAGCUGUACACUGAUGGCUUUAAUAAGAGGUUGGAAGCUAGCGUUGCUUUGUCUUUCUACCGCACCGAUUACUUUCGUACUUGUGGGAUUGACUGGCAAGAUAUCCGAUCGCUUAUACAAGAAGCAGGCACAAGCAAAAGGCAAAGCCAGCGCCGUCGCUGAAGAAGCCCUGAGUUCAAUUAAAACUGUUUACGCAUUCAACGGACAAGAAAAAGAAAUAGAUCGUUACAAGAUACAUCUCGCAGAUGCCAGAAGAAUUCACAUUCAGAAAGAAUUUUUCACCGGCUUGUCAAUGGGGUUUCUGUAUUUAUGUAUCUUUAGCUCUUACGCUUUGGCCUUUUAUUUGGGUAUACAUCUUGUAAUAAACGAGCCUCAGAGAUACAAUGCUGAUGUUAUGUUUUCUGUAUUCUUUGGAGUGAUGACUGCACUAUCCUAUUUCGGUAUGAUAGGUAAUCUAAUGACCUCAUUGGGGUCAGCUCGUGGUGCUGGUGCUUCUAUUUUUCAUGUAUUACAUAAUAUACCGACCAUUAACACUUUAGAAGACAGUGGAAUUAAACCGGACUCAAUGGAAGGAAAUAUUGAAUUUAAAAAUGUAUCUUUCGAUUAUCCGUCUCGACCUGGAAUUACUGUAAAGAUAGAUGGUAAUGAUGUCCGUGAAUUAUCUGUGCGGUGGUUACGUAGUCAGAUCGGAUUGGUUAACCAAGAGCCUGUGCUUUUUAACACAAGCAUACGUGAAAACAUUCGCUACGGACACGAUGUUGUUUCUGAUGUUGAUAUAAUUAAAGCCGCGCAACAGGCUUAUGCGCACGACUUCAUAACGAUGUUACCAUCUGGUUAUGACACUUUAGUAGGAGACCGUGGUACCUCUCUGUCAGGAGGACAGAAGCAAAGAAUAGCUAUUGCACGUGCCCUUGUGCGAAAUCCUCGCAUCCUUUUACUCGACGAAGCCACUAGUGCUCUCGACACACUAUCGGAAUCUAAAGUACAAGAUGCAUUAAAUGAGGCAGCGAAAGGUCGAACAACUAUAAUAGUAGCACAUCGUUUGUCAACUAUACGAAAAGUGGAUAUAAUAUACAUGAUGAAAGAUGGGCUGGUGGUAGAGUUGGGGAAUCACGAAGAAUUGAUGAAUCAAAAGGGCUUAUACUACAAAAUGUUUAGGACAUCUGAAUUCAUCGAUAUAAACAAACGAGAAAUGUCAAAUGACGUCAAUAACGCUCAUGAGCCUAUCCGAAAACUGAGAGAAAUAUCAAAGCAUUCUGCUGAGGUUAUCGAAGAUAUCAAAGAAAUUAAAGAAAGAUCGUCGCUAUCUUUUUGGCAAGUGGUAGCGCUUAAUGCACCCGAGUGGAAGACUGUCGCUUUGGGUAGUUUGUGUUCAAUCAUAGGUGGCUUUGCUAUGCCAUUAUUUAUAGUUGCUUUUGGUGAUUUAUUUGGGUCUAUGGCUAAUCCUGACCCCGAACACAUGCUAAAUAAAGUGAAAGUAAUUUCAUUUAUUUGUAUCGGCAUCGGUUGUGCAACAGGACUGUCUAAUUUAAUUGAAACAUACUCCUUUGGUAGUGCUGGUGCGUAUUUGACCGAAAGGUUACGCCUGUUAAUGUUCACUCACUUGUUACAUCAAGAUGUUGCUUAUUUUGAUGAUCGAGCCAAUUCUACGGGAGCGCUCUGCGCCCGACUCUCUGCCGAGGCCGCUUUCGUCCAAGGCGCCACAGGUCAACGAAUUGGUAUAAUAUUGCAAGGAGCGGGCUCUGUUGGUUUGGCGUUGGUCAUCGCCCUUUGGUUCCAGUGGCGCGUCGCUCUCGUAGCAUUAUCGUUUCUCCCAAUCAUUAUCUUUGUCAUUUGGCAGCAAGGCGUAGCCACUGAUAAAGAAUCCUCUGGAUAUGCAAAAGCUCUUGAAAAUAGUACUAAGAUAGCUGUCGAGGCAGUUUCGAACAUCCGUACGGUAGCUUGCCUAGGUCGGGAACGUUGCGUUGCGCAGCAGUACGCAGACCGGCUAUACCCGGCGCUGGCUCCGGCGCGACGCGCUGCGCACUGGCGUGGCAUCGUCGGGGGUCUCUCUCGGUCCAUAUUCAACUUCGUAAAUGCUACAGCCCUCACUUAUGGCGGCCAACUAAUAGUAACGGAAGGAAUUGCAUACCAGAACAUUCUUAUUGCUACCCAAGCAUUGCAAAUGGCGUCAUCUCAGGUUCAGAAUGCAUUUGCAUAUGCGCCCGAUUUCCAGAAGGGUACAAAAGCAGCUGCAAGGAUCUUAGAACUCCUGAACACCAAACCUCUUAUCAUGAAUCCUGACAAACCUGAAGAUAUUUUUAAAGCUAGCGGUGAUGCCAGUUUCAGAAGAGUUAAUUUUGAAUACCCUAACAGGCCAAAUGUAACAGUGCUCCAUGGUUUAGAUUUAGAGAUAAAUCGCGGUAAAACUUUUGCGAUUGUUGGUCAAAGCGGUUGCGGAAAAAGUACAGUUGUUCAAUUAUUACAGAGAUAUUACGAUCCCGAUGCUGGUGCUGUCCUUUUAGAUGAUGUGUCUCUUAAUAAAUUACGCCUCAACGAUGUACGUGCUAGUUUCGGUUUAGUAUCCCAAGAGCCUGUGCUGUUUGAUCGUAGCAUACUAGAGAACAUCGCUUACGGUGAUAAUUCAAGGACAGUAUCAGCAGAAGAUGUGAUCGAAGCGGCGAAACAAGCGCACAUUCACAAUUUCAUUGUUUCAUUGCCACGGGUAUUGAAUUGAUUUCAGUGCUGGAAUUAUAUGACUAAAUAAUAUCCUUAAUUACGUUUUAAGCAAAUUUGUACAUUUAUCUCACGCCUCGAAUGAAUAUGCAUAAAAUGAUUUAGCAAUUAAACGAGACUAAAGACCUGAUGUGAUAAAAAUACA